UGAAGCUAGUGAGCAAAGAACUAAUUCCACUUCUUCAAUUAUCCAAUUCUGCAAGAAUAAUAAAUGUCUCCUCCUCCUUGGGACAGUUAAAGCACCUGUGACAUCACUUUUAGUGAUGUCACAUGUGCUAAUUAACAACAAUGGAAUUUCAGCAUAUCCCAAAUGAGAAUACAAGGAAGGAGCUAGGAGAUGUAGAUGGCCUCACAGAAGAGAAAGUGGACAAGGUGGUGGAAGGGUUCCUAGAAGACGUCAAGGAGAAUUUGAUACAAGUCAACGGCUGGCCGACAAAUUUUUCUGCUUAUUUUGUCUCCAAGGCAGCUGUGAAUGCUUUUACAAGGGUUCUUGCUAUGAAGUAUCCCAACAUUGCCAUUAACUCAGUUGGUCCUGGCUAUGUCAAGACAGAUAUUAAUCACAACACUGGGGUCUUAACUGUUGAAGAAGGAGCUAAAAGUCCUGUCAUGCUGGCUUUGAUGCCUGAAGGUGGACCUUCUGGUCUAUUCUUUGAUAAGACUAAAGUGUCAACCUUUUAAGUGAUAAUUGAUGCAAUACGAUGCACUUGCUCAUUUUUAUGUAACGUUUCGUACUACUUUUUCCAAUUCGA